CGGGCCCAACCGCGCGUUCCGCGAAGCUGCCGGUGGCCAGCAUGGAGACUGGGAAGCGGACGGAGGCCAGGGACUGCGCGGAGGAGGCGGCCGGGCCCGUGUUCACGUUGGAGGAGGUGGGGAAGCGGAACUCCAACCGCGAGGCCUGGCUGGUCAUCCACGGGCGCGUCUACGAUGUCACCCGCUUCCUCGAGGAGCAUCCAGGUGGAGAAGAAGUUUUGCUUGAACAAGCUGGAAGAGAUGCCACGGAGAGCUUUGAAGAUGUCGGUCAUUCCACAGAUGCCAGGGAGAUGCUCAAGCAGUACUACAUAGGGGAGAUCCACCCGGAUGACCGUAAAAAGGGAGGCUCCAAGGAUCAAAACAGGACAUCCUCAGGACAAGCAAGCUUCUGGUCAACGUGGCUAAUCCCCAUCUUCGGAGCACUAGUCAUAGGCUUAAUGUAUCGCUAUUACAUAUUGGAUGGGAGAUCAUCUUGAAUUGACCUUGAUAGGACCUCAGAAAGCCUGAAGAAGCAGGUAUGAGAGAGAGUGCAUGCACGCAGCACAUGGAAUCCCGGUUCCCUUCACCUUUGAUGCCUUGCUUUUAGCCGUGUUGAGUGAUGUUCAUAUCCAUGGGACCAAGGUCGUAUCAAACUGUCUUAAUUCUGCCACCCAGGGAUCUGUCAUACUUGAGUUUUGCUGUGGCAGAGCAAGUGAAGCAUCCUGUUACUGUUACAUCUGUGUGUGGUCUCCCUGGUGCGUGCGUGCUUGCACUCUCUCUCUCUUGCUCGCUAAAGUAAAACACAGAUAACCUUUUCCUUUCAAUGCCUUUUUGUUAAGCCAGACAACGUGAAACAGCUGCUAGUGAGCCUGUGGAUUUGCCUCAGUACUUCACACAGCAUUGUCAGAAAUAAACUGCAAAUUAUCUGUAAUCCUGUCCAGAAGAGAUUUUGAGAGAUUCAAUUCCACAGUAACUUUCUCAGUGCAUGCAGGCAACACUAAUUGGAGCAGCAGGAAGUUGUUAGCUUUGCUACCUCUUUCUGUGUCUGUUUUUAACGGUUCAACAAAUAUAAAUAUUUUAAAAGCGAUCCUGUUGAUUUUGUAAUAUUUCUACUUGUCCUUUUAACAUGUAUAUUCUGUGAAACAAUGUAUGCCUUGGAUCCUUGUUUGUUCGGGUGCUUUUGUGCUGUGUGUGGCAACGCCAGAAACGGGAACUGAUGCGGCUUCUUGAGAUGGAGUUUUUUCUCCCUGGGCUUUUGAUCCAAUGUGUGUAUUGGAAACAAAACUCAUUCUUACUGCCUGUGAAUCUGUACCAGAUGGGGGGCAACCCACAAAUAAUCCUGCCUCUCCUUCCUAAAUAAAAAGGGAAAAGAAAUCCA